AUGUCCUCCACUUCGACCCACCUCGUCGCAAACUGCAUCCAUACUUGGAGCCAUGCACGCCCGUUGGUCACUUUCUGUGCCCGCGUCGUCAAGAUGAAGCCGGACCUUCAUGUCACCUUCCUCGUCACGUCCCUGCUGUUCGAACGCCUCAACAAGGAAAAGGCGCGCAGCUUCGACGUAGGCGACGAGUCUGCCCAGCGACUCAGGAUUGUGAGUAUGGGUGCCACAACCGACAUGAUCGGGGACGGCCAGAUAGAGCCAUGGUGGAGGGCGUUGGUCGCGGGAGAGGAGAUUGUGUGCAAGCAAACCGAUACCCGCUACGCUCCUCUUCCAACACCCCCGGCUGUCAUCUUCGAUGUCGUCGGAGUCAAGAACAUUGGGAUCGUGCGCGCGAUCAGUGGCAAAUCUGUCAAAAUCUACGCCUUAUGGCCCGCUCUGACUUACUCCAUCCUCCAACUCUUCGGUGAUACGCACGUUGGUGGCCUCGGAAAUAUUCAUGAGCGUGCUGAGGAAGAGUCACGCCGCUCCGGGCGGGACUUCGCCGACGUCGCGGUGGAGAUCAUAACGUCCAAGCGCGGGGACGUUAUUAGGAUGCAGGGCCUGCCGCCGAUGUAUGACUACGAGUACUACCCCCAAGAGGCAUUAGGCGACGGUAAAGCUAUCGUCGACGUCCUAUCACGUGUAAACGAGGUCAACAAGACCGUCGACGGCGCAAUUCUCAUCUCGUGCUUGUCAUGGGAGAAAGACGCGGUGCAGACGGCGAGGGACUGGAUGGCGGAGACCAGUCGGUCUGUCUUCAUUGCAGGCCCACUACUGCCUACCGCAUCCAAGAGCACGUCGACGGAGAACGAGAAGUCUCAAUCACCUCAAGGCGCAGAGAUCCAGGCGUUCCUCACAAAGACACUCGAAACUUCUGGGCGGCAUUCCCUUCUAUACAUCUCAUUUGGGUCCAUGAACUGGCCAGUGAAGAUAUCCGACAAGCUAUGGGCGUUCCUCGACGUUGUCAUGGAGCUAAACAUCCCCUUCAUCAUGAGCGCCGCUUCGCCCCUCGCCGUAGUUCCAGACGAAGUCAACGAGAAGGUCAAAACGUACGGUAAAGGCGUGAUCUCGACCUGGACGCCCCAGCAGAUGAUUCUCGACCACCCGGCAACCGGAUGGUAUGUUAGCCAUGGCGGCCAGAACAGCGUCACGGAGUCGAUCGCCGCUGGGGUCCCAUUCAUCAUGUGGCCCUUUUCGGCAGACCAACCAAUCAACGCUGUGCUCGCCACGGACGUGCACAAAGUCGGCUACGAGCUCCUUGAAGUGCGCUCGGGCCCUGGCCUGCAGAAGAUCUUCCGGACGGGGUACACGCCCAUCGGGACCGUCGAGGCGGUCAAGGACGAGGCGCGAGACAUCUUGCGGAGGGCGUUCGGUGAGGACGGCAAAGAGAAGCGGGCGCGGUUGCAAGCGUUGCAACAGGCGGCGUUGGGAGACUGGGAAGAAGGCGGGGCGUCGAGACGGGAUGUGGCCGCAUUUUUGGCGAGUCUGUAG